CUCUCUACUAGUCAGUGAACGGAGAACCGAGAGCACUAUCGCUUGAGGUAGCGAAGAGCAUCUAGCGGAUAAACUCUGUCUAAUUUUCAGCUAAUUCCCCUUCAAUGCUGUUCGGACACGGACCAUACACCAUCCCCAAGUGGAUUUUUUUUGUCUGUGGGUGACCCGAACUGUUGGACGAAUUGAAAUAUAUUAUAAUUUGGCAUCAUAUCUAAGCAGGAACGAAAGUAUUGAGAGUGGUAUCCGAGGUUAGCCAGUUGGCUAACUGGGAAGGUUGCCUAGCUAGCUACUGCUGAGAAAAUACGAAGCGGAGGGAGACCCCAGCGGCAAAAAGGGCCAUCGACGUGAGCUGUAUCCUGAAGAGGAGCGCUCCGUUUUUCUGGACACAUCAAGAGGAGCCGGAGUCCAUUUUGCUGUGUUCUACUCUGAUAAUUUCGGAGCCUCCACUGACAGCCCUAACAGAGGGGCCAGGCCGGGAGAGGAGAGGAGAGCCACCCCCAGUGUGGCCUGACCGAGAGACUCAAUGCCAAGCCCUUCUCCUCCUCAGACAGCCUAGUGAAGGUCCAGGAGGUAGCAAGCUGGCUUUUGGAAAUGAACCAGGAUCUGCUGUCGGGGGGCAGCAGGCGGGGCCUGGGGGGCCGGCGAGGGGGCCCGGGGGCCCAGCGAGGUAACGCCUCCUCCUCGGCCCGGACGCCCCAGGGCCAGCAGCCUGGAGAGGAGGCCGACGAGGAGGAGCACAUGAACCGGGUGGUGGAGGACCAAGAACACCAGCAGUCCAGAGUCCAGCCUGCGGCCUCGGCAGGGGGGGAAGGAGUGGAAGAGCCGUGGACCUCCAGGCAGAAUGGGCCCCAGGGAGAUGGGGAGGAUGGAGGAGGAGUACCCAACGAGGUGAACGGAGGAGUGACUAAGGGCGGCCGGUGGAUGUGGGAGGCGGAGCGACGGCAACAGGGAGGGGAUGACGAGGAGGAGGAGGAAGAGGAGAACAACAACAGUGGCAGCCAGCAGGGAGAGGAGGAGGAGGAAAGGACAGAGGGAGGAGCGAGAACGGGGAGGGAUGAGGAGGACGAGGAGGAGAUGGACCAGGACAGUGAUGACUUUGAGCAUUCGGAGGAGAGUGGGAGGGAGGAGGAAGAGGAGGAGGAGGGGGAAGAUGGCCUCCACUCACCCUCCCUCAGGAGUGAUGCGUCUGUCCCCAACAACAACCUGGACCAGUCCUCGGGGUGCCAACACCAAAGCUCACCCAUCAAGAAGAAGUCAAUAUUGUCUUUGCUGGAGCCACAAACUGAGUGUGAAUGACAUCAUGGGCCUUAAAGAGACAACGCACACAUUUGAUAAAAUAUUUUUCUUCUUCUAUGCAAAUGUUGUUGAUCAGUACAAUAAAAUAAGUCCCGAAUGGAAGGGUAACAGAU